GCACGCGCACUUUCUUGCGCGCGAGCGUGGUCUCGGGGGUGUUGUUCUUGGGUCUUCAUUCUUUCUGUAGAACCAUAAUUUUUAAUCCCAAUUCACAAUGUUCCCGGAACUCAACAACCUUCUCAGCACCACCCCAGACAGGACCGAGCAGGGGAAACUGACUCUCCUCUGUGACGCCAAGACAGAUGGCAGCUUCCUUGUGCAUCACUUCCUCUCCUUCUACCUGAAAGCUAAUUGUAAAGUCUGCUUUGUGGCACUCGUCCAGUCUUUCAGCCAUUACAAUAUUGUGGGACAGAAACUGGGUGUCAGCUUGACAGCGGCUCGGGAUCGAGGGCAGCUUGUGUUCCUGGAGGGCCUCAAGUCCUCUGUGGAAGUCCUUUUCCACUCUCAGGAGGAGCCUCACCCCCUGCAGUUUCUCAGGGAGGCUGGUGCAGGGAACUUGCAGUCGCUGUAUAAGUUUAUACAGGACACCCUGAAGCCUGCGGACAGUGGGGAGUCUCCAUGGAAGUCCCCGGUGCUGUUGGUGGACAACCUCAGUGUGCUGCUGAGUGUGGGCGUGGGGGCAGUUGCUGUGCUGGACUUCAUGCAGUACUGCCGAGCUACGGUGUGCUGCGAACUGAAGGGAAACGUGGUAGCCCUUGUACAUGACACUGGGGGUGCUGAGGAUGAGGAGAAUGGCAUCCUGCUGAAUGGCCUCAGUCAUCAAAGCCACCUGAUCCUGCGGGCUGAGGGCCUGGCCACUGGAUUCUGCAAGGACGUGCAUGGGCAGCUGAGCAUCCUCUGGAGGAGACCAUCGAAACCCACAGCCCAGCGGGCUCGAAGUCUCACUUACCAAUACAAGAUACAGGAUAAGAAUGUGUCCUUUUUUGCCAAAGGAAUGUCUCCUGCUGUUCUGUGACCUGAUUUGGGACAAGUAAAAUGACAUUGGACAGUUGUGGGUGUGGAAGCUGAGGUACCUGGGUGGAAUGGUCCUUCAGACCUUUGGCACACUCUUCAGGCUUGACUGCAGCUCCUCUGUGACCCGGGCGGAUGGUGCUGAGAGGGUGUGCCCACUUUGUCUCCAGGGUUCUGCUCAGGAAACACAGCGAGGAACUGCAUAUGGCUUCUGCUGAGAGAGGCUGCAUGGUGAACUCCAGCAGAGCGGUCCUUUGGGGCAUCCCACGUGACUUGGGCCUCACCUGCCUGUUUUUGAAGGUGGUGCCAUUAAGAGCCACUGUAGGUAGGAGGAGGCAGUCAGGAAGUUGUCUUGAAUGGCAGCCAUCCUGGCUGACAGCUGGACAGUGAUGGCCAGAAUAAAGAAGGUUCCCACA